AUGGUGGCGGAUUAUUGGACAGAUGGUAAUUGGUCCCUCCCGGAGAAUCUCAUGCUGGCCAGACCUAACAUUUUAUCUAUCCUCUCCAAUUUUGCAAUCUCAAAUAUGGACAAGGAGGAUCUCUUAGCUUGGAAAAGUGUUGAGAAUGGUAUGCUUUCUAUUAAACAUGCCUACAAGCUGUUGAUGAAUAAUAAAACUGACAAGAUCUUUUCCUGGCCUUGGGAUACUGAUGUUGCUCCAGCUCAUUCCAUGGUUUGCUGGAGACUCCUUCACAACAAAUUGCCUACCGAUGAUAAUUUAAAGAUUAGAGGUUUCUCCUUUCCCUUUGUGUGUUCUCUUUGCUGUGGCCAUAUGGAAUCUUCCACGCAUCUCUUUUUCGAGUGCCAGUUUGCGAAGAGCAUUUGGAAUUGGCUCAGUUCUCAGUUCUCUUGCCCGAUGCCCAUUGUCUAUUUGCAAGACUGCUUCCUUGUUUUAGAUAAACCUUGGAGCUCUCAAGCUAGAGCAGUGGCUAAAGCGUGCAUCAUGCAUACUCUGUAUCUGAUUUGGCAGGCCCGCAACCAGCUAAGGUUUGACAAUAAACAUACUCACUGGAAGUCCUGUGUCAGCAAAAUCAUGGCUAAUGCUAAAAUGGUUGGCAACUUAACUAAGAAGAAAGCUAAUGAUUAUAUGCUCAGCUUCACUUUUCUGAAAAGUUUUGAUGUUAAAUUAAAUCCUCGGGAUACGAUUGCAAUGAUUGAUGUGAUUUGGAGUCCUCCGUUGCAGGGUUGGAUUAAGUGUAACAUUGACGGCAAGGUGGAUGGUUCGUUAGCUGCUGGUGGUGGAAUCUUUCGCGACUGGCAGGCCUCUCACAUUUUGAGCUUCAGUGCCUUUUUUGGUGAAGGAUCUCGAGUCGUGGAAGAGUUUAUGGCUACUAUUAUGGCUAUUGAGAAAGCUAUGAUGAUGAAGUGGAAGAAAUUAUGGAUUGAGACAGACUGUAAGUUAGUGGUUUUAGCUAUUUCUAACUCUAAUUUAGUGCCUUGGAGUUUAAAAUCUCGUUGGCUUACGUGUUGGGAAUACACGCUUAGCAUUGAUUUUAGGAUCAGUCACAUAUACCGUGAAGCCAAUUUUUGUGCGGAUUUCCUGGAAAAUAUAGGAUUUAGAAGCAAAUCGAUCUCUUGGUUUAGUUAUGUGCAUAAGGAGAUUACUAAGGAUUACUUGCUAGACAAGAUUGGUACCCCUAGACUAAGACUUAUUUGUUGA